GCAGACCAAAGAGGCACUUCCGUUGCUGCCUGCCUUCCCUUCCGCUCGUCCUAUCUCCCGUGGCCCGUUCCUCGCCUAGCUGUGCUCGUACGGCCGUCGCGCUUCCUUCUCCACGGCCGCCCAAACCCUAGUCAAUCGCAUCGCCACCACCGCUGCCGCUGUUUCCUCCCCCCCAACCACAAAACUGAGCCCUAGACCUCCUCGGCAGCGGCGAGACCGUAAGGUGCUGCACCCAGUAGCUAGGGUUUUGGCCCCGGGACAUGGAAUUCCAGGUGGACGGCGCCCUGUGGCCGGAGUCGCGAGGCGGCGCAGCCGAGGCGCCGCCCCCACCGCCACCGAAGGAGCGCGGGGAGGCCCCACCUCCCCGCUUCGAUUCGUCGCGUGCCCUAAGAUUGCUGAGAGAUCUUGGUACAAAUGUAACAGAAGAUUUGGUUGUGCUGCUGCCAAAUUUGCUGUCAUUUUUGAAACACGACGAUCCUGCAGUUGUUAAGCAAUCUAUAGCUAGUGGGACAAAUUUGUUUGCUGCUGUAUUGGAAGAGAUGGCACUUCAGAUUAACGAGUGUGGAAGAGUGGAUGCUUGGCUUGAACAGAUGUGGGCUUCGAUGAACCAGUUCAAAGAUGCAGUCUGUGGUAUGAUGCACGAGCCUGGUCCUAUUGCAUCUAAACUACUCGCUCUAAAGUUCAUUGAAACAUGGAUCUUGUGCCUCACACCUCAAUCCAACAGUGAGCGAAUGCAAUCAACUGAAGGAAAGAACCGGAGGUUUGAUGCUUCUCGAUUACCUAAAUUUCAUCCUAGCCUUGAUCCUGUUGUUCUGGAAGCCGACACAAACAGGGCUUUCACCAUCCUGGUGGAUAUUGUUCAAUCAGCUUAUGCUCAUCGAGGAUCCUUGUUAGUUGGCACCAUUAAUUCUCUUGCAGCUAUUGGAAAGAAUAGGCCGGGUUACUAUGACCGUGCACUGUCAGUGUUGUUUGGUUUUGACCCUAAUUUGGAGACUUCAAAAGGGGCUCAUUCUGCAAGCCUGAGAUAUUCCCUAAAAACAGCUUUUAUAGGGUUUUUACGAAGUCCUUGCCAGGCAAUGAUUGAGUCCAAGGACAUACUAGUAAGGCGGCUUCGAGCACUGAGCCCAGGUGAAGCAACAGAACAGAUUAUUAGGCAGGUAGAGAAGAUGUCUAGAAAUAUAGAGCGCACUUCUCGUGCCAGCAAGGAGGAGCUUCCAGCAUGGGAGGUGCCUCAUGGAGAUCUUAAUCGGAAGAAUCCUGCUGCCAGAUCAGGCGACACUCUUGCUAUGGCUGAGGGCAUAGCUAAGAGAGCAAGAUUUGAUAGCUCUGCAGGUUCAAAUCUGCUAGUUCAGGGAAUGCCUGAUUAUUCUGAUAUGCAGAUUGAAAAUGACGCCAACGUGGGUCAUUCCUCUGAUCCCCCAUCUCUCUUGAGUACCGAUGUGUCUCCUGUUGAGAAGAUGAUCGAAAUGAUAGGUGCGUUACUUGCUGAAGGGGAAAGAGGAGCUGAAUCCCUUGGUAUUCUUAUAUCAUCAGUAGAGUCAGACGUCAUGGCUGACAUUGUGAUAGAGACAAUGAAGCAUCUACCCGAAGCUCCUUUUCCAUUAGGUACAAAUUAUGGCCUACAACCAAAUUUUCAAUCUGCCCUCCAGUCCCCCAACCGAGAAAAAAUUACCUUCAGUUCACACUCUUUGACCUUCAUGCCACAACUAUUACAAUCUGCAGAUGAAGUAGGCAUUUCACCACCUGAUGCACUUCCUACGCCCGGUGUUUCUGAUUCUAAGCGUGACCCCAGAAGAGAUCCUCGCCGCCUUGAUCCACGGCGAACAGUUGCACCUGCUGCUACUAGUCCCAUACAGGUGAAGGUGGAAACCACCAGUGUGCAUCAGACGGAUAAUUUUUCAAAUAUACCUUCUCCUAUUUCUGGGAAGGUUGAAAACCACGCAGAUUAUUCAGGAGACCUACCCGAAAAUGAAGAUGAGGAGCAUACAUCCUCUCAGCCUGAUGAAACAAUUGGCAAAGAGAUAUCUGAGUCUUUGGAAAAUGGCACAGAACCAGAGACAAACUUUGAAGUGCAAGCACCGGUGGAAGCCAGAUUUAAUUCUUCUGAUGUUGAUGGGGAGAAGACCAAUCCCUUGUCUCAAGAAGCUAUUUCGAACGACGAAUUUGAUAGUAUGGACUUGGACGUUGAUCCCUUUUCGCCAGUCUCCAAGGCAUCAACACCAGAGGAGACCAAUCAUGAGUUGCCACUUCUUCCAUCUCAUUUGGAAUUAAGUGACAGUGAGAAACUAUCAUUGCACAAAUUAACUGUUAGGAGGAUAAUUGAUGAUUACAAGAACAACAGCCUUAACACAAGAUUUUCCUUGCUUGCUCAUUUGGUUGCUCAGAGUACGGCUGAUGAUAAUAUUAUGGAAUUGAUUCAGAAGCACAUUAUCUUCCAUUAUCAUGACCAAAAGGGUCAUGAACUGGCUAUGCAUGUGUUGUAUCAGCUGCAAUGUGUCAAUGUUGCUGAUUCACCAGAAAGUUCUACUCCUGCUUCUAAACAUUACGAGAAGUUCUUCAUUUCACUUGCAAGGUCCUUGAUCGAUUCGCUACCUGCUUCGGAUAAAUCUUUUAGUAAACUUCUAUGUGAUGCCCCAUGUUUGCCUGAGUCUCUUUUUAGAUUACUAGAGAGUCUUUGCAUGUCACAAGGAAACAGCCAACAAACAAAGGACAGCGAUGGUGACCGUGUCACCCAAGGCCUGGGAACUGUAUGGAGUCUGAUUUUAGUGCGGCCUCCACUUCGGCAAGCUUGCUUGGAUAUUGUUCUAAAGUGUGCCAUUCACUCACAAGAUGAAGUCAGGGGGAAGGCGGUUAGAUUGGUUUCAAAAAAGCUCUAUGAUCUAACAUAUGCAGCAGAAAAGGUCGAGCAGUUUGCCACUGAAAGUCUUCUGGCAGUUGCUAAUAAGCAUGGUGUGGAGACAGAUGUUAACUUCACAACCUCAAAGGACUGUACAACCGAGUUUGAAGUAGGCAGCCAGGAGACUUCAGUUAGUGGCUCCCAGAUUUCAGAUGCGGGGUCUUCUGAAAAUGGCUCUGCCAAGACCCCUUUAGCUUCACCAAAACAAUCAGCAGUAUCUGUAUCUGAGGCCAAACGCCAUAGCUCAUUGUUUUUUGCACUUUGCACAAAGAGACCCACUCUUCUUGGACACCUGUUCAAUGUUUAUGGAAUGUCUCCAAAAGUCGUCAAGCAGUGUAUCCAUUGGCAUAUACCCACCCUUGUAAGGAAUCUGGGAUCCUCAUGUUCUGAGAUGCUGGACAUUAUUCAUAAUCCACCUGAAGGCAGUGAAGAACUUGUUAUCAUGAUACUGCAAACUCUGACUGAAGAAUCAAAUCCUUCAGCCAAGCUGGUAGUGGCUGUUAAACAUCUAUAUGAGACCAAGUUAAAGGAUGCGUCUAUUCUCAUUCCAUUGCUAUCCUCAUUUCCGAAGGAAGAGGUGCUGCCGAUAUUUCCGAGACUAGUUGAUCUCCCACCUGACAAAUUCCAAGAUGCGCUUGCUCGGAUAUUGCAGGGAUCUGCACACACUGGUCCAGCAUUAACUCCUGCUGAAGUUCUGAUUGCAAUCCAUGAUAUUAAUCCAGAAAAGGAUCAAGUUCCCCUAAGGAAGGUCAUAGAUGCUUGCACUGCUUGCUUUGAGCAGCGGACGGUAUUCACUCAGCAAGUUUUGGAGAAGUCACUGAAUAAAUUGGUUGACAAUGUACCAGUUCCUCUUCUAUUUAUGAGAACAGUUAUUCAAGCGCUCGAUGCUUUCCCUGCUUUGGUUGAUUUUGUCAUGGAAAUACUCUCCAGACUUGUUAAUAAGCAGAUAUGGAAAAUGCCAAAGCUUUGGGUUGGGUUCUUAAAAUUGGCAUUCCAGACUCAGCCACGCUCUUUUGAUGUUUUGUUACAGCUGCCUCCAGCACAACUUGAAAUUGCCUUGAACAAGUAUCCGAAUCUACGAACACAUCUUUCUUCUUUUGUCAAUCAACGGAACGCGCACGGUAUCUUGCCCAGACAGACUUUGAAAGUAUUGGGCUUCAUCAAUGAACCACAGCAGGCAUCAGUGCCAUUUGUGCCUGCUUCAUUACAAACAGCAGACACGACUUCCUCUCUUCCCGGUGCAACCCUAAUGUGAAUUGUGGUGAUUUAAAUUGUAAAAGUAAUCAGGUGCAAGAAUAUCACAGAAGCAUAUACAACGAUGGUAUGGGCCUGAGAUGGUGCCUGAGAUGGCACAAAUGAAGACGGUUUUAUCCUGUCAUGCCUCUGGAGUUGGUGCCUUACUUGACUCGGUGUAAGCAAGUGCACAGCUCUCGAGGUGAUUGAUUAAAGGGAUGUGUUUGUGCUGGAGUGGUUGCAUCUACGAAUGCGAAUCAGUGUUGUACAGUAGCUCUGUAGCUGUACUCUUAUGGUAAAAAGUAGUUCCAUUCGCAGGCUGAGGCCUCGGAGUCGAGCGAAGGCCAUAGGCAAUGAUCUAAAGAUAGAGAACGGAUAUUACUUGAUCACCAUGUUUCCGCCAAAGAGUGGUUGCACGCUGAUCCAUUAUUUUUGCAGAGAGCCGACAUUUGACUGAUUUGCGCUGACCGAGUAACCAUUGGUGCUGUGCUAACAAUUUGUUGGUGCAUUGUAAUGUUGUAUAUUCUUAUAUUAUUAAAUGUUUAGUUAGCUGCUAGCAUAUUUACCUUUUUGUUAAAUAGUCAUCUGUCAGCACUAA